AAAAUAAAAAUAAUAAUAUUAUUAAUACCCCCGUAUACCCACGCAGAUUCUCUCCAUUCUCUCUCUCUCUCUCUCUCUGCGUUACUAAAAGAGAAAAGAGCUUCGAUAAAGCUACAACACUCGUUUCAGAGAUCUGAGGGCCUGUAUAACAUUAAGUACUUAAAUUGCCAAUAUUAAUUCAGUCUAUCAUGGAAGAGGAGACUGUAACAAGUUCAGAGGUACCAGUCACCAAGGUUAUUGAGGGAAACACUGAAGAUAUUAUUAAGGACAACAAGAAGGAAGAAGAAGCCCCCCUAGAUGGAGAAUUUAUAAAAGUAGAGAAGGAAACUGCAGAGGCACAUGAUGGCGGUUCGCACACAUCUCGAGCAUUGCCUGUUGAAGAUGAAAAACCAUCAACUGUUGAACAAAGCAGAGAAGUCCUUGAGGCAAAUGAAAAGAUUAACGAACUCGAGCUUGAACUGGAGAAACUAACCGCAAAAAUCAAGCAUUCAGAGUCUGAGAACGCUGAACUAAAGAACCAAGUCUCACUCACAAAGGAGAAACUUGAGCAACAAGAAAAGAACCAUGAAGAUCUUGAAACUAACCAUAAGAAAUUACAAGAUCUUUUUAAAGAAGCGGAAGAAAGAUACAAUUCACAGAUUACUACUUUGCAAGAGGAACUGCAAGCUCAAGAGUCGAACCAAAAGGAGCUAGUCAAAGUGAAGGAAUCGUUUGAAACUCUAAACACGGAGUUAGAAAGCUCAAGAAAACGUAUGAACGAUUUAGAGCAAGAACUCGGACUUUCUUCGAGUGACGCUAAAAAAUUUGAAGAACUGCAUAAAGAGAGCGGAUCACACGCGGAAGCAGAAACCAAACGAGCGUUAGAGUUUGAAAGGUUGCUUCAGUUGGCUCAAGCUAGCGCAAAGGAAAUGGAAGAUCAAAUGGCGUUAGUGCAAGAAGAACUCAAGGGUUUGUAUGAAAAAAUAGCCGAUCAUGAAAAAGUUGAAGAAGCACUUAAGAAGACCACAGUUGACUUAUCUGUAGUCAAAGAAGAACUCGAAGCUUCGAAAUCACAAGUGUUAGAAAUCCAGCAAAAAUUCACUUCACAAGAGGCUAAAAUAAAUGAAAUGACCGAAGAACUGAAUUUGAAGAACGUUUCUGAAGCAUCGGUUAAAGAAGAUCUUCAAGCUAAAGAGUCUGAACUGGAAGAAGUCAAAUCGAAGCUUCAUGAGUUGACUUUGAUUCAAGAUGAACUAGAGAAAAUAAGAAAGGAAAAGGAAGCUCAUGAAGAAGAAAAGAAACAGUUGAGUCAGCAAUUGCAAGACUCCAUAGACAAGGUAACUCAGCUGGAAGCUGAGUUGACUCAGUCAUCUUCACGUAACACAGAGCUUGAAUCGGAGCUUAAAACAAUUCUUGCUAAGUCAACUGAUCAUGAAGAGCGAGCCAAUAUGAGUCAUCAACGUAGCAUUGAACUUGAAGAUAUAAUUCAGAAUUUGAAUUCGAAAUCCGAGAAUGCAGGUAAAAAGGCGAGUGAAUUGGAGUUGCUUCUAGAAGCAGAACGAUACAGAAUUCAAGAGCUCGAAGAACAGAUAGUCACACUGGAGAAACGAUGUAAGGACACAGAAGAAGGUUCUAGCAUCCACUCUCGUAAGGUAACCGAACUCGAAGCAGAAAUCGAAGCAUUGAGAUCAAAAGCAACAGUUCUCGAGGGUGCACUGGAAGCCGCCACGAAAAAGGAGCAAGAAUUAACCGAAUCUUUGGAUUUAGCAACGACUGAGAAAAAACAGUUAGAAGACGUAUCAAAAAAAUCAUCAGAGCAACUUGUUGAAGCAGAAAACCUUCUAGAAGUACUGAGAAACGAACUAAAAGUAUCUCAGAACAAGCUUGAAACCAUCGAGAGUGAUCUAGAAGCUUCCGGGAUCCGAGAAACAGAAGUCUUGAACAAGAUUAAGUUAGCUGAGGAGCAACUAGAGGAAGCUAGGGCAAAGUGUUCGGAAUAUGAAACCCUACACGAGACCCGCACCAGAGAUUUUGACCUAAAAUUACAAGAAUCGGUUGCAAGUUUCGCUAGCAGAGAUACCGAGGCGAAAUCAUUGCUUGAGAAAUCAACAACUCUUGAGAAACAGUUAGCUGAAGCAACUGAACAAACUGUUUUGCUAAAAGACGAAUUAGAUCAGCUUUUGCUGAUACAAGCUAAUUUGGAAAAUGAGAACGAAAACCUCAAAGCAAAGAUAUCAGAGGCGGAAAAUAACGCGGGUAAAUUAUCCGGUGAAAAUGAAAUGUUGGUAGCGACCAUUAUUCAGCUCAAAGACAAAGUCAACGAACUUGAAAGUGAAAAGGAAUUCACGGGUCAAGCAGUAGACUCACAUGAAAAAACUAUUGCUAAUUUAACCGAACAGCAUUCUAGAGCUGCUGAGCUGGCGGAUAAUCACAAGCGUGAACUGGAACAAGCUCUGUUGAAAUUAAGUAGUCUGGAAAGUGCAUUAGAGGAAAUGCAAAGCAAGUCCAGUCAGCAUGAAGAAGCGAAACUGAAGGUUACUCAAGAACUUGCUGCUAAUGAGUCUAAAUUGAAUGAUCUGCAAACCAGUUUGACUGCAGCUUUGACCGAAAAAGAUCAGGCGCUGAGUCAGUUCCAUACUUCCCAGAAAGAAAUAGAAGAUUUGAAAGAACAGUUAUCUUCUGAAGGGCAGAGGCUCCAGUCUCAGAUAUCGUCACUGAUGGAAGAGAACAAGAAGCUAAACGAAACGCAUGGAAAUGCUAAAAAUGAAUUCCAGACAAUUAUAACUACGCUUGAAGAGCAAGUGAAAGAACACACAUCUAACGAAACGUCUCUAAAAACUGAGCUGGAACAUCUAAAGGUAGAGAUCGAAGAGAAUGCUGCGCUAAAGACCAACUUAAAGAAUCUUGAAGAAAAACUUGCAGCAGCUCAAAACACCAUUGUUGAACAGAAAGAGACUCACUCACAAAAGGAGUUGGAACGAGAUGCUGCAUUGAAGGAGCUUGAAGCAAAGAAGGAAUCGUAUUUGCAUUUGGAGAAACAAGUCAAAGAUCUAACAGAAAACGCUAAAGCAAAAGAACAGGUUACUGGGGAUGACUCGAGUGAGAUAAAAUCAAGAGACAUAGGAUCAAACCUGACAACAACAUCAAAGCGCAAGAGCAAGAAAACCGCACCAUCACCUUCAUCAUCCUCAUCAAGUACACAAAUUCAAGCUACUGAUGAUUCUUUUGGCACAAGCAUUAAGUUCAUACUGGGAGUAGCAUUGGUGUCGGUGAUCAUCGGUAUAGUUCUUGGUAAACGAUAUUAGGUUUGUGUUUUUACUAAUAUGUUUUUUUUUUUUUGGGUUUUUCUUUGGUAAACGAUAUUAGGUUUGUUUUUGUUUUGGGUUUUUCGUUUUGGUUUUGGUUUUUAUGUUUGGGUUUGAUUUGAGCUUUAAUUUAUGAUGACAUGUAUUCAGUUGGUAAUAUGCCGGACCUCUAAGAAUUUAAAUUUUUGUGGAUGUUGAUGAUGCUAUGUAAAAAUGUCAUGAUUUCUAUUU